UAGCACACCUCGCAGCCUCUGCUCCAGCCUCCAGUGCUCCCUACUCCACACGCCGCCCGCUCUCUCCCCCGCGUCCUCGGCUGCCUUCGGCAACCCAUGGGAUGAGAGCUCCCUCCUCGCCAUGGCCGCCUCCCUCCUGCCCCCGCCCACCCUUGCCAAGAAGUACCCCACCCUCCUCCACCCGUCCGGCGCCAAGCCCCACGCCCAGAGGCUGAUCUUCAGGUGCGCCGCGACCACCGACGGCGCGGACGAUAGCUGGGCGUCCUUUCUGGACGAGCUCAAGAGCUCGCUGCAGGUGGGCCCGCCCGACACGGUGGCCAGCGACGCCGGCGCGGGCGCCGCCACGCCGGACGACCUCGUUACCGCGCUGCCACUGGACCCCUCCGCCGCCGGCCCAACCAUCGGGGACACGACCAAUGCCGCCGUCGGCGCGGCGAGCGAGCUCCUGGGCGCGGACGCGUCCGGCGCGGCAGCCAGCAGCAACGCGGGCGCGGCCACGGGCGCCAUCCCGGACGGGCUCCUGAGCGCGCUGCACCUGGACGCGUCCAGCCCGGCGGCGCGCGCGGCGGGCGGCGCGCUGUCCCGCCUGGAGGCGCUCACGGCGGGGCUGUCGGACGCGCAGCGGUGGGCGCUGCUGGGGUUCCUGGGCGCGACGUGGCUGUACCUGACGGCGCGGCCGGGGGUGCUGAGCGGCGCGGUGGACGCCUACGUGCUGGCGCCGCUGCAGCUGGCGCUGGACAGCGCGCUGGGCCGGCGGAGCCUCAAGAUGAGCGACUUCGUGGUCGGCGAGCGCAUCGGGGAGGGCUCCUUCGGGGUGGUGUUCUUCGGCGCCGUCGUGCCGAGGAACGGCGCCGCCGUGGAGGAGCGGUCGGGCAGGGCCAGGACAAGCCUCCAGAACGACGACAGGUACAAGGAGAAGGUCAUCCUCAAGAAGAUCAAGGUGGGCACGGUGGGCGCCAAGGAGUGCGGCGACUACGAGGAGUGGUUCAACUACCGCGUGGCCAGGGCGGCGCCGGAGACGUGCGCCGACUUCCUCGGGAGCUUCGUCGCCGACAAGACCAAGUCGGAGUUCGUCAAGGGCGGCAAGUGGCUCGUCUGGAAGUUUGAGUUCUCAGAUUUUCCUGCUGCGAGUUCAGAACUUCUGAUCGCAAAAGAAUUUGAAACCGAGAACAACAAAACGCGAAAAGAAAAAAGACAUUGGCCCAUGCAGGGGGACCGGACGUUGGGCAACUACCUGAACGACCGGGGUUUCCCGUCCAACCUGGAGCAGCUCAUGUUCGGGCGCGCGCUGCGUGGGCUGGGCACGCUGGAGCGCGACGCCCUGGUGGUGAAGCAGGUGAUGCGGCAGCUGGUGACGUCGCUGAAGCGCAUCCACGGCACGGGCAUCGUGCACCGCGACAUCAAGCCCUCCAACCUCGUCGUCACCCGGCGCGGGCAGGUGAAGCUCAUCGACUUCGGCGCCGCCACCGACCUCCGCAUCGGCAAGAACUACGUCCCCGACCGCGCCCUGCUCGACCCGGACUACUGCCCGCCCGAGCUCUACGUCCUCCCCGAGGAGACGCCCCAACCCCCGCCGGAGCCCAUCGCCGCCAUCCUCUCCCCCAUCCUCUGGCAGCUCAACAGCCCGGACCUGUUCGACAUGUACUCAGCGGGGAUAGUGCUGAUGCAGAUGGCCAUACCGACGCUGCGGACACAGUCGGGGCUCAAGAACUUCAACAGCGAGCUCAGGUCCGCCGGCUACGACCUCAACAAGUGGCGGCAGAGCACGCGCCGGAGGCCCGACCUGCGGAUCCUGGACCAGGACGCCGGGCGAGGCUGGGACCUCGCCACCAAGCUCAUCUCGCAGAGGGGCGCCAACGGCGGGGGCAGGCUCUCCGCCGCCGCGGCGCUGAGGCACCCAUAUUUUCUCCUGGGCGGAGAUCAGGCCGCGGCCGUGCUGUCCAAGCUCUCGCUCAGCAAGUAGCAUCCAUCCGUGGCUCAUGGCUGGGAACGUACAGGGCAGGCUCGCUUUAUACAGAUUGGGUAAUUGGAAUCCUCUGGUUGGUUCAUCGCUGGACACAGCGCGUCGUCGAGUCCUUGGCGAUGGCAUACAGUGACCACCAGCCAUUGUAUUGGCAUUUUUUGCUGCAUGACCACUCAUGGGAGGAAUCAAGAGGGAGAGGCAUCUGGUCGCGUUACAAUUUUUUGUUCUGUAUGGAAUUGCUUGAACAAUGUGGUGCAGAGUUUCAGACACUAGCUAACUUUACAUUAUACUAGUCAGAAAUCCUACUUCCGCUGGUUA